AUGACAAGAGGCAGCAGUACAAGCAAGCAAGCAAGACCCUGCAGUACGUCCAACAGUCGCAAGCAAGACCCCGCAGUACGUCCAACAGUCGCAAGCAAGACCCCGCAGUACGUCCAACAGUCGCAAGCAAAACCCUGCAGUACGUCCAAGAGUCAAACAAGACCUUCGCGAAAGUACGUCCAACAGUCGCAGCAAGACCCGGCAGUACGUCCAACAGUCGCAAGCAAGACCCGGCAGUACGUCCAACAGUCGCAGCAAGACCCCUGCAGUACGUCCGCUAACAGUCGCAAGCAAGACCCUGCAGUACGUCCAAGAGUCGCAAGCAAGGCCCCGCGAGUACGUCCAAGAGUCGCAAAACAAGACCCGCAGUACGUCCAACAGUCGCAAGCAAGACCCGCAGUAAGUUCAACAGACGCAAACAAGACCCACGAUGCGUCCAACAGUCGCAAGCAAGACCCGCCAGUACGUCCAACAGUCGCAAGCAAGACCCGCAGUACGUCCAACAGUCGCAAACAAGACCCGCAGUACGUCCAACAGUGGCAAGAAGCCCGCAGUACGUCCAACAGUCGCAAGCAGACCCGCAGUACGUCCAACGUCGCCAAGCAAGACCCGCAGUCGUCCAACAGUCGCAAAACAAGACCCAGCAGUACGUCCAACAGUCGCAAGCAAAACACAGCAGUACGUCCAACAGUCGCAAACAAGUCAGUACGUCCAACAGUCGCAAGCAAGACCCGCAAUACGUCCAACAGUCGCAAGCAAGACACGCAGUACGUCCAACAGUCGCAAGCAAGACCCGCAGUACGUCCAACAGUCGCAAAGCAAGACCCGCAGCACGUCCAACAGUCGCAAGCAAGACCCGCAGAUACGUCCAACAGUCGCAAGCAAGAACCCGCAGUACGUCAACAGUCGCAAGCAAAACCCUGCAGUACGUCCAAGAGUCGCAAGCAAGACCCCGCAGUACGUCCAACAGUCGCAAGCAAGACCCGGCAGUACGUCCAACAGUCGCAAGCAAGACCCGCAGUACGUCCAACAGUCGCAAGCAAGACCCGCCAGUACGUCCAACAGUCGCAAGCAAGACCCCCCAGCACGUCCAAGAGUCGCAAGCAAGACCCGCGAGUACGUCCAACAGUCGCCAAGCAAGACCCGCCAGUACGUCCAACAGUCGCAAGCAAGACCCAGCAGUACGUCCAACAGUCGCAAGCAAGACCCGCAAAAUCCACUCCCACACUAAAACUGAAAUGGAUCCACUAA